CUGUGUCAGUGAAUGUCUAGUUCCCAAACAGUAAUAAUCUGCAUUUGUUUCUACGUAUUUUGAGUCUCUGGAGAAAUAACCAAUAAUUCUGAGGUAAUAAUAAGGGCCAUUUCCAACCUUCCUUAAGAGAGCAAGGUGAUUUAAGAUUAUUGGUCAUUUUAAUUAUUUUGCAGAGCUUUUUUUUUCUUAUUUAGUCCUAUUCCCUCUAUUUAUCAGUCCCUAUAGCACUCCUAUCCAGCUGUACACAGUCCUUGUGUACCAUACCUUUCAUUUUUUUUGUCCUAGGUGAACUUGCUGUGGAGUUUACUUCCUUGUAUAUAAACUGUAAAUGAGAAAAAUACAUAUAACAAAAGAGUAUGAAUGGGAAUGGAAUCAGAUUAGAGUUGACUGUGGUACAUGAGAAAGGCAGUGAAGGCAGGCAGAGACAAUCCAUGGGAGAAAGUGCCAUUUUCACUGCUAAAAUAUAAUGCCCUCCAACUGUUUGUGUUCCUGCAGCUCUAAUUCUUUUUACGAGUGUAAUUUUACAGCAUUUGAAAAGAAUACAUAUACAUACAUAUACACGCAUGCUGAGACACACACAUACACACCCCUAAUUGUUGGGAUCAGAUCAGGAAAAAGUGAAAUAAAACAGCAUUUUCACAACCACAUUAAUUGAAAUUAAGCUUGGAAUGGGGUUUGAUGGCAGAAGCAACUGUAGUUUAAAUCACAUACAGUACCUAGAUACAUUGUAGAAUGAAGCCCUGGUCAAGAGAACUUGAUGCUUAGGCAAUAAUAUUCUUUGCUGAUGAAGAAAUAUAUUUUCUUUGGAAAUGUAUAUUAAGUAACAUGAGGGACAAAUUAUUUUUAUCCUUAUGUACACAAGCACCGUGAGGGAAUUUAAGUUGCACAGCAGGAGGAAUAGGCAAAUGGAAAGUGCCUGGUGACUUUGGAGGCAAACAAGACAGACACCAGAAACCAGACAGUUGUUUUCUUAGUAUGAGGGAAGUCAAAAAUGACUACAAUAAAGGACAUUGUUUAUGUUAAAUGUUGCUGGCAUCCAUAGAAAGGGUGGGCUUGAUGUCUCCUUAGAAGACAAGUGUGUAGAGGCCGCUGGUCAGCACAUAGUAAGCACCCCAUGUUGGUAUCAGAUUCCUGCUGUAAAGGUCAUGCUAUAAUUUAGACUGCUUUUGUAAUUCUUAUGUAUUGUUCCAGAGGGUAUAGGGCUUGUCUGCGUUCCCAGUGAUUGCUGUAGAUGUGCGUGGCAAUAAAAGAGACUUUGUGCAUCUGUCUCCAUACUUCCUCAUUCCUUACUUAAGUGGGCAACUUCCCACAACAGUUGUAUAUAAAACAAACUUGGGUUAAGUAGAGAUUGAAGGAUAUAUUUGCAUGUCACAUCAUGGGGUUAUUUCACUUAAAUAGCUGGGAUGGGACAGGAGAGGGUCUGUAAUGGUUUAAGGCUUUCUCCUCUUCCUGUUUCAGUGAAGUUUGUUUUGGAAUGGAAGCUGUAAUUGUAGAAGAAGCUUAAUUCUGAUUAAAUAUAUUCAAACAAUUCAAAUGCUUUAUUUAGAAAUUAUUUUGUAUUAACAUUCUAUAAACAUUAUAAAAUACUAGAGCCCAAGUUGUAGGUUGUACUUAGACUUCAUUGUUUUAAUUUAAUGGAAAAAAAGAAAAGAAUUUAAAACUUUCAGAUACUGAUUUGGGCUGCUCAAAGAUGCUUCAGACACAAUUUCUGGGGAUACUGAAUGUACAUUUUGGCCAUUGGCUUGUUUUUGUAAUUCAUAGGUAUUCAGCUCCUGCUAGUUUCCCCAUAGCAUAAAUAUCCAUCUGCAACAAAUGCAGAAAUGGUAGCACAAAAAUCUGCCAUUUAUGCUUGGAAGUUUAUAGAUGGGCACUGAGUCAGCACCAAUCAAAUAUCUAUUGAAUGACCAAUGUAUAUUAUACUGUAUGUUUUAUAUGUACAUUAAACUAUAUAUACAUAAGGUAAGGACUCCUUAAAGUCAGACUUCAUGCUUGGUGAAUAUGAAGGCACAUUCAUGUUAUUUUCUUGGUGACUAUUCAGUAAACAUUUGCAAUGGACUUCUAGUUGUAAUUUUAUUCCUUCCCAGUCUAUCCUUAAACCUCUGGAUUUCCUGAUGGUCUGUCAUCCAAAUAGUAAUCCCCCAAGACUUUAUUUAGUUGGUUUUUUUAGAUCAGCCAAGGUCAGCAAGUUACUAAUUUUUAAGCUAGGAAACCAACAUGCAUAACAUGUGAUAAAAAGCACAGUGUUUUGUAUUAUAUUUGUUUGGUAUAAGGAGGCACAGGUAAUCCUCGAGUUACAACUGCAAUUAAGCCGCCCAUUAUGAUCAUAAACAGGAUAGUCAUAAAUUGGGUCACCUAUAUGACCAACCUGAUUUUACAAACUUUUUUAUGGCAGUCAUUAAUUGAAUGCCAUGGUCAUAAAACAAACCCAUUGUUCAUGAUGGGCCAGAUUUGCUGAAAACAACUAAAUGCCAGGUUUUAGCAAAACUGUCAUAAAAAGUAACUGUAGGAUGCUGAAAACAGCUGUAAAGAUCAGCCUGUUGAAGAGCACCUGGACUGUGGUCAUGUGACCACAAGUAGGACUGUUGAAACUGAGUCAUAAAUAUCCCCAGGCAGGUCCAUGAUAACUCUAAAUGGUUGCUAAGUAACCAGUCAUAAACUGAGGAUUAUGGUACUUGUAUAGUUAUGCUAAAUCUUCUGAUUUGUUUGUCACUCCAGUCAUACUUUUGGAAACUGAGGUCUACAUUGCCACCUUGCAACCAUCCACCAAAGAAACCCUGUUUAGUCAUGGCAUCCACAGCAGCAUUCAGUUCUCUGCUGUCCCUGCUCUAUCUGGCGUUGCUAACAUUUGUGGGCAGUGCUGUGCUCCUUGCUGAGAUGCAUCACCAGAGCUUGCCAAGCCUCACAGUACAUGCUUUUCUGGCAUUGCUCAUGAGUUCUUCCUGUCUCUGGAUGCUCUGGUUUGGCUGGCACUCCAUGAACUACAAGCAGCUGAAAAUGCACCAGGAUCACCAAGCAGGAGCAACCUGGCUUAAAGGUGGUCUGUCCCUCUUUGCAUUGGCCACAUUGGUUUUGGAUUGCCUCUCCAUGGGCUAUUACCAUGAACUGCAGCACUGUAUUCCCAUGCUAAUCACUGCUUUCCCUGUUAUGCAAGCUGUCUUUACCAUCACCCAGGUGUCUUUGCUAUUAUUUAAUGCUAAAGUUCGUAUUCAGGCUCACCAACCUUUGAACAGGUUUGGACUGAUGCACACACUGGCUACCAAUGUGCUCCUAUGGAUGAGUGCGGUGCUGGAUGAAUCGAUGAAACAACUUGAGGAAUUUUAUGAUGCUCACAAGGGAACAAGUACACAGGCUUUCCAUGGUGGUUCCUACACCAACAGCUGCAGCUGUACAACCAGUCUUUGCCAGAACUUCUCAGAAGGUGCUGCCUAUCUACAUCCCUUCAAUAUUGAGUUCAGUCUAUUCUCUUCUGCAAUGCUGUACAUCAUUUGGAAGAACACUGGGCGGGAAGUCUCUCCCCAGAAAUCCCAUCUCACUCAUAAGGCACAUUUUAACAUGAGUGGGACUUUCACUGGACUAGUAUUAGGGGCCUUGACCAUUUCAGCAACCAUUGGAAUAAUGAUCUCAUUUGGAGUACUUGCCAAGACUCCUGAAACAAUUUCCAGAGCUCUGCAUACAUACUACAUUUUCAACUCUGUGUUGUUAUUUGCCAUGUUUUUGGCAACUUUGAUGGGCAUCAUUACCUAUUGGAUGAAGAAAAAAUCUGCCACUGGAUAUUCUAAGAGUGUGGUAAGAAGGUUAGAUGUGACCUUGCUUUUGGGAAGCUCUUGUGGACCCCUCAUGAUAUCAAUCUUCUCUUUGGUUGCCAUAUUUUUUAUUCAUGCCAAUGGUAGCCUCCAUCUUCUGGAUUUCUGCUUCUCCUUCUGUAAGACUAUCCAGAUCUUAGGUCAGAAUCUGUUUAUUACUGAAGCCUUGUACUCUAGUCUCUCUCAUGAACCAAAUGCAGAAGACAACACUGGCUGUAUUAGUAAUAGCUGGGUCUUUUCCAUUUCUGGAGGUCCCCAACAGGACAUUAAUGGACCUUUCUCCAAAGGCCUCUUCCUGACCAACUUCAUAUCCAGUUUGGAGAAUCAGUCAUCAAGAAACCUACCAGAUUAUGGAAGUGACCAGUCUCUUUUCCAGAGUUCCCACAUCAGAGGAGAACAGAGGGGACCCAGUACCAGGAGGAAGAUUUUACAAAAUAUUUCAAUUCUCCUUAUCUUUUAUAACAUAUCGAUGUGGAUUCUGUAUACCUAUGGAACACGCCCAUACCUUGUGAGCCAGAUUGAACAGUCUUUCUAUGGCUUUACUCUCUGGGCCAUUGUGGUCAAUAUUUCCCUGCCAUUGGGCAUAUUUUAUCGCAUGCAUUCAGUGGCCAGUCUCUUUGAAGUCUACUGCAAGACCUGCUGAGAGAGAGCAUACCAGCUUUGAGAAUAAUAAAUGCCUAAAUUACCUUAUGAGGAUGAUACUAAAAGUGGAUAUGUGAAGGAAAAUAGCUAUUAUUUAUCUGAUCAUGCCCUGUAAAUCAAACACAUCAUAAUUCCUCUUACCUAUACAUAUAUAAUAGUAUAUUACUAUCAUCAACACCAUCAGCAUAUAAUUUAUGGAGAUAGAUUAUCAGAUAUAUUUUCUGGAGAAACCAAAACUAAAUCAAUUGACCCAAAAUGACUCAUAAACCAUUUUUCAUAAGUCUCUGUAUAAUCAGAUGGGAAGUCCAGACACAAAUUGGUUCCAAAUAAAUACUUGAAGAAAAAAAUAUUAGAAUUGAUGACCUUUUCUGUACAAGGGGUUAGAAAGAUGUUCAACUACAGAGUCCCUCUUCAAAAGCUUGUAAUCUAAGAAAAUUACAAAAUAUCCCUAGGUAUUCCUAAUGACAGAAAUCAUGGGGUAAAUAGUAUGAGGAAUUUCUAAAGGAACUGAAUUUAAAGAAAAGUUUGCUCUGAAUUAUAAAGUGAUUAUCUCUCUAUUAUUACUCUCUAGUCAGACUGGUGUCAAAGAAGAGACAUUGAUAAAUAUUUGGCUGUCAAAGUAUUAGGAACAGACUGUUCUCUCAUAGCUGAAUCUGAAAAUUGGGAUAACUGAAGCAAGUGGAACUUACAACUAUUCAGUUGGCUUCUUAACUGAAUGUACUUAUUCUACCAUCCUCAGUUAAGUUCCACCUGAUAAUUCCACCUUUCCCAUUUAAUUGCAAGACAAAUUCCGGGAAAAGUCUAAUUUCUUUCUGCAUCCCCUAUGUUCCACCUGAUAAAAACCAUCUUUCCCAUUUAGCUGCAUAUGCUUUACGGACCUUAAUAUAGAAGGAACAAAAAGGUGUUAAUUAUUUUAAUAAAUUUAUAUGUUUUAAUGACUUUGUUACACCAAUGUGUCACUUGCUAAAACAUAAUCACAUUUUAAUCUUUUGUAAUUAACCCCUUUGCUAAUGAAAGUAUAAAUAUAAUACAUAAAUCAUCAAAGUGCUCAAGAUUCAUAUAGCACUUCCAGUAAGAUUUAAUAGUAUCUUUUAAAAAAUCUAGCAAUUAAUAAGCAAAAUCUAUUUUUCAUAUUAAAACAUAAGCAUCAGUUCAAAACUUUAAAAACAAUAUUUUGAUGAUUGGUUUCAAUUUCUAUAGAUAUUCAGGUUACUACCUAAAGUGCUCCUAUUUUUCUCUGUUAAAUUCCCAAUCCCAUAUUUUACUCCUCCACUGAGUUGUUUUUUUUCUACCAACAACUAAUGCAAUGAGGAAAUACUGUGAAUAAUUGACAGAUAGUCUAACCUAUGAGGGCCUUUGUUCCUAGUUGGAGUAACCAAUCCAUGUGAUGUAGUGGGAGGUACCUGUUGCAAACGCUAGUUCUGCAGGUAUUGGUGUGUUUUUCCCAAGUAAGGAAGUUUGCUGAGCAACGUGGAAACAGGUAAGGCAUUUUUAAAGGGUUAGAUUAGACAUUUUAAGGGUCUAUCUUUACCUUUCUGUCUCUUAAUUAUUUUCAAAUUCUUUUUGUGUUAAGUAAGGAUGAACUGUAGUUUUAACAAGACAACAAGUUUAAAAAAAAAAGGCUUACCUGAACAAGGUAGAGCAUAAUUUAAUCCAAGUGGUUUAGAGGUUCUGUCCAAGGUCCUGAAAAUUCUUGCUCCUCUCGAGCAACAGGAGCAGAAUAGAGUAUUCUUGGAAAAAUAUCUAAUAGUGGCCUUGUAUUAGAUGUAACGUGCUCCGUAUCUCGUCUUCUCCCAUAGUUGUCUGUAAGUUCCCCACCCUUGUGCUGUGUCUCUAAUGGAAGGAUGAAAUCACUUAUUUAUUAGGGUCAGGUCACUGAGCAAGCAGGCUGUUUCCAGAUAAUGUGCAAGCAAAGAGGCUGUUGUGGAGGAAGGGGAGGGGAAUGGGCCUAGUAUAUCAUUCAUGCUGAAGAGCCUGGAAAAUCCCUUCUCUCUUUCCUAUGUGAGAUUACGUAUCAGAAGGGAGAACUCUCCUGGUUCUUAGACAUAACAAUGCCCUCAAUUCUGCUGUCUAUAAGCAAAAUGCAUGUAUUAUUGAGAGUACAAUAGAGCUUGUAAUUAAUGAAAAGAAAAUGUUACAUAUUAAGAGCAAAAUAUUUUGCUGUGAUAUGUUUACAUUCUGGUUCAAGUUCUAAGCAAGUGUUGCUUAAUGAUAUGGGACGCUAGAUGUUUCAGAGAUUGCAACAGAGUCAAAUAGAAGAACUGAAUGAGUUUUAAAUUCAAAUCCAGCUUGAUGUCCAGCUAUGAAAUAAUCUUUCAGUGUAACUUAAAGUGACAUUUUGAUGAGGUUCUCACUGUUUACUGUUUAAUAUCUAUUUGUCUCUACCUGUACUUCACACUACCUGCACUUCACAUCUUCCUGUUUUGAGAACUGUUUAUGCCUGCCAUAAGAUGUGUGAAAGUGCCUGUUUUAGUUAUUCCUGUUUGAAAGUGCCUGUUUUAGUUAUUCCUACUCAUUUAAUUUAUAAUAAGUGGGGAACAAAGUGGUACAUGUUUAAGUAUAAGAAAGUAUAAACCUACAAACAAAAAUGAUUUCCUGAUUUCUAGUCUCUGAUUAUUUUCUGAAAAAUAAUAUCAGAAUAAAUUUUAAAAGAAUUGUU